AUGGAGCAAACCCAAGCACCCGAGACCAGAGAGACCAGACCUCGCCGCAUCCGCCUUCACCACCCAGGCCGCUUCAAAACCUUCACCCUAAGUCUCAUGUGCGCCACCUUCGCCGUCUUCGGCGCCCUCGUCAUGGUCGCACUCGCCCACACUCCCAAGGUGAACAACGAAGUCCAAGCCAUCAACUCGACCAUCGCCACCGGCGGUGACUCUACUACAGCUGCUAUCAUCGCCGUCACCGCUGCCACUAGCCAUGUCCCUACUCCUGUGAAGAAGGUCCCCCACGAAGACGAGGAGAAGGGUCACGUCCUUCCCGAGGUCACCACCAAGGCUACUACCACGCUGUACGCCGAUGACAACACCACGCUCAUCUUUACUACUCACAGCUCCCAGGUCUUGGUCGUCGUUGAGAGUAAUGCUACUUCCGUUUAG